AUGUACGCCGCAACCACCGUUCUUGCCCUCGCCGCCUUGGCUUCCACCGUGUCUGCCACGCUGAACAUCAACAACUGGUGCAACGUGCCUGUCUACGUCUACCAGUCCAACUGCGGCAGCUGCGACAAGGGCUCCAACGGCGCCUGCAACCAGUCGCCCUACGUCAUCGGGGCCGGCAACGGCGGCAGCAUCCUCCGGCUCGACUGGAUCCGCAACAACUGCGGCACCAGCGUCAAAAUCUCCAAGAACGAUCCGGGCUUCAACAGCGGGAUCCUGCAGUUCGAGUACACGUACGCUAGCGGAGACGGCCUGUACUGGGACGUCUCCAACAUUGACGGGGCCGGCGCUGGCCGCGCUGGCACGCCCUUCUACCAUGACAAUGUCAAGGCCACGCCUACCGACGCCGGCGCCGGCCAAGGCACCUGCCAAAAAAUCCGCUGCCCGGCAAACCAGCUCUGCGUCGACGCCUACAACCACCCCGACGACGUCCGCACCCGCUGGUGCCCCCUGAACACGGGCGACAUGUGGCUCGACCUGUGCGAGCCCACCGAGUUCUUCAACAACAAGCGUGAGCUCCCCGCCCUCGAGGCCCGCCGCGCCAUUGCUUUCACGGCCUGA